AUUUUUAACAAAUGAAAUGCGUGUUAUACUGUCCUGAGCUAUAGGCAAACAGAUGAAAUAGCAGUAAAUUGUCUUAUGUUUUCUUUGAAGCACUACACGACUUUCUUUUUCAGUCUGUUUAAAUAGUUGUGCCAUGAAAUGUGUCUUACACAGCCACUCUGGAUAAGCAAUAUACUGUACUGUAAAUAGAGCACUUGCUGUCAUAAUUUGGAGAUGAAAUGUCUGGAUGGUAACUAGUGCCUAACAGAAAUUGGAAAAGAGCAUAGGCCUUCAUCCUAAGGUGCUGUUUCAAAUGAAAUAUUUUCAGUUUUGAUUCCAGAAAAUGGUGAAAUAUCAUGGAGAAAAUGUUGCUCUGCUACACUGAGAUCCGAAUGGUGGGUUUUGGCUUUUCUGUGAAGGAUGUCCGUAAAACUUGGUGCAUUUGGGUUUCAGUGUAGCUGUAAAUAUGUGAAACUGUAUGUAUCUGUGUUGGAGACUCAGUUCAGUGUGCUGAGUACAGGGGCUGAGAGGGAGGACAAGGACAUGCACCAGAUGCCUCUGCGAUAGUGGAUCGUGUGAGUCACAGGCUGCUGGGCUGGGCCUCAGCCUCCCAAGCGCAUAACUGGGUAAAUGCAAUAAAAAGGUAAUAACACUCGGACUUUGCUCCCCACGGACCACAGAUAGUUUUUGUUACAAAUUUGAGUCCGUACAUUAUGUGAUUUGUAAACUGACGCUGUAGUUGGAGACCUCGCUACAACACUAUUAAAAAUCUUCCCUUUUUGUGAGAGAUGGGGUUUGUAGAAUAGUGAAAUUCUUCCGUAUGUUGAACCUUAAUCUGUUCCUGAUGGUGGGAGUGCUGAAGUAAUGUAUCUCACUGUGAUCUGGUACUGCAGUAUUUGCAUACAAUGGCAGUUCUGUAUAUUCUUUUGGCUAAAUGUAAAUGUUUCAUAUUAGCAUAGUUGAAUUUUUGAGGUACAGCUGUUUGUGUGAGAUUAGAAAAAGCGACUUUAUUUCUAAGAACUGUAAAAAAAAAAAGUAUUUUCAAUAAAAUUCCCUACCUCA